UCCUGAUCGGCCCGGGGCCACCCAGGGGCGGAGCGCAGCGGGGACCCGGCGGAGGUCUGCCCCGCCCACGCGGGGCCGAAGCCCGUCGAAUGACUCGGUGCAACGUGUUGGUGGCGGCGGCGGCGGCGGCAGCGGCGGCGGCGCGGGUUCUUCCGGGCUCUGCAGUUUCCUGCCGAGCGUCGCGCAGCCGCCUCGGCCGCGGGAAGCCCGGGCGCAGGCCUCCGGGGUGCAAGCCUCCGGGGCUCAGGCCUCCGGGACGCAGGCGUCCGCACCGUGCGCGCCGCGCACCAUGAGCACGCCGCCGCCCCCGCCGCCCCUGCUCCUGCUGCUCGUCCUCCUGGCCGCGCCCGCCGUGCUCGCUCGCAGAGCCGAGUCCGCCCCGGCCUCACAGCCCGAAGCGGACCCCCAGCCUCCGCCCAGCCCGGGGAAUGCCACCCGGCUGGAAUCGGCAGUGGCGGUGGCGGCCGGGGGAGGAUCCAACAGCAGCGGCGACGCGGUGGUGACCCGCAUCUCCAGCCUGCUUCGCGACCUGCCCACCCUGAAGGCGACGGUGAUCGUGGCGUGCGCCUUCAGCGCUCUGCUCGUCGCCUGCCUGCUGCUGCGCGUCUUCAGGUUGGGAAAGAGGUUGAAGAAGACCCGCAAGUAUGACAUCAUCACCACUCCUGCUGAGCGUGUGGAAAUGGCCCCCCUGAAUGAAGAGGAUGACGAGGAUGAAGAUGCCACAGUAUUUGACAUCAAAUACAGGUAGAACUUUUCCAGCACGUCAACAUCCUGUGGGAAGCUGGUCGUCUGCAGCCUGGUGUCUUCUUGGCGUUGCAACCCAAACCAACGUUACAAAACUAUGGCUCCACUCUAAGUGUCCAGCAUCUGCUUGCAGUGUCACCAUCAAACUUUUUCUCAGUCGCCAGAUGGAAGUCACCCUGGCCACCCUUGGAUGCCUCUUUGAAAUGUGCUUUCCGCUCCUUUCUUGAGGGGUUUCUCUACCUUUCUAAGAGACUGGAAACACCGAUUUCAAAGAUUUUUUUUUUUUUUCCUAGAACAACUGUAGAUAAUAGUAAAGCUACAAUUAGAAGGAGGAUCAAGGGUUUUAAAAUGCAGGGCUGGGGAGAUAGCUUAGCUCGUAAUCCAAUUACCUUACAAGCAGGGAACAUGAGUUUGGUCCCUAGCGUGUGCAUUCAAACAAAACACAACUAGAAUGGUAGCCCACACCUCUAAGCCCAGCACCGAGAAACAGGUGGAUCCCUGGGGUCAUCUGCUCAGUCAGCCCAGCCUAAUGAGACAGAAAUUCUAAUGAGGAAAAGUUGGUUGGCUCCAGAGGAACAAUGUUCAAGGUUCAUUUCUGGCCUCCAUACACAAGUAUGUUUACACACACACACACACACACACACACACCCAUCAAAAUCCAAAAGGACCUUCAGAUGUACCUGAGAGAAUCCUCAUAUUUUGUCCUCUCAAAUCUUUCUAGCUUCAUCAGGUCCGGCUUUAUUUGGGGGAGAGCUGUAUGAUAUUUCAGAGUGGACAUAAAAGUUUCCCACCCUAACGUAACCCCUCUCAAAAGUUCAGCACAAAACUUUUUGUGCUGGCCUUGUGGAGCAUGGCCACUCCACAAGGAAAUUUCAAAUUAUCAGGGAUUAGAUCACAUGGGUGAAUGUGCGGAUGGGUGUGUACACUUGUAAUUUCUCUCGGGGGGAAUGGAAAGUGCCAGGCAGAUGGUCUUUGUAUGUGCUGUAAAAGCGUUUCUCUGCCCUGCCUCAGUGCUGUGUUGUCUGUCUUAGGAAUAUCAUGCUAAGAAAUCACUGUGCUAAUUUAAAUGAAUGGUAGUUUGGAUGAAAAAGAAUAAGAAGAAAAAGAAAAAAAAAAGACCCCCAUUAGGGACUCUGUUGGAAGUCAGUCCAGGUUAGGUUGGACUGGACUGGACUGGACUGGAAAUUCACCUGGGCCCACUGCUGUCCAUGAGGGGCACCGAGCCUGGGAGCUGGGUACCCAGGGAUGCCCGGAGGAAACAGGCCCUGGACUAACUGCUCAGGUUAAUGGAGGCCUCUCAAGUGGCCUUCUCCCAUAUUGCUGUAGCCAGAUGCUUCUGUGCAAAUCUAAUAGCAGUGCCUUUGGGACCCCGGGGGUAUUUUGUGCCUGGAAAGUUGGCUCUUGUUAUCAUCUCUUUUCCUUUCUGUCUUUGUUUUUGGGUUUUGGGUAUUUGUUUAAUGCCCUGCUCCAUUGCGUUUGCGGAAAACUUCACCUUGGCCAGCUCCACCCCAUCCUCAGGCUCUCCAGUUCCUGACUGGGGGGUUGUGGUAGUGCAGCCCUAACUCAUCAUGAGGUGUGCUGCUCUCCUGGGCUCCCCUUAUUUCCCCUUCUUAGUUGACUUCCCUUGUUCCUCAGCCCUGUAGGCAGAGCGAUGGGCUGGAAGUAGAGCGGGUAGCUCUCUCCCCCUCGCUGUGUACUCAUAGCACAAUGCUGACUCUAGGAAGCUGCUGCUUGGCAGCUGUGCAACCUCUCAGCCUUGGAGCUAGGACUGCCACCUCCCCAUUCAAAGGGUUCCAGGACUGCAUCUGAACCAUCUGGAAAAGAUGGACUCUCCUGCCUCAUGUGUGAAGACCCUGGAUCCGGCUACCAGCCACUCAUCACUGACUGGCAAGAAUGGUGGGACAGUGACCUUCCAAAUCUUUGAUGAAAUUUUGACACCACAGGCACUUAAAUAAAGAUCAUUAAAAAAAAAACAAAGCAAAACAACAACAAA